UAUCGUGUGAUUCAGUGAGUAGAGCGCAGCGUGCGCGUCAGUGACUUUGUGAGUUGACUUAAGUCGGUUUUUGGUUGUUUAUUAAACCGAAAAUGCCGCACAAACCGGACGGGCUCGUCGAGCACAUUCUUGUCAAUUAUCGCUGGGUGUUCGUGUGCUGCUUCCUUCUGCCGGCGUCUUUCUUCUAUAAUAUUUGGUUCUACUUUCGCAAUUGGGUUGUGUUUACGCUGAGCAGUGCGCCGGACAAGCAUGAUGAGCGUGUUAGGUUCAUUCAGAAGCAGGUAUCCGACUGGAAUAAAGCCGGACGUAAGAAGAAGCUUUGUACCGCACGACCCGGCUGGCAGACGGUGUCCUUCCGCCGCCCGAAAUACAAAGAUGACAUGCAUCAAGUGGAAGUGAACCUCGUCGACAUUUUGGAAAUCGAUGCGCAUCGAAAGGUUGUAAGAGUGGAACCCUUAGUAACAAUGGGUCAACUCUCCGCCACAUUAAACCCCCUCGGCUGGACAAUCCCCGUCCUCCCCGAAAUCGACGACCUUACAGUAGGAGGGUUAAUAAUGGGCACCGGAAUAGAAUCCUCUUCGCAUCGCCACGGCCUCUUCCAACACAUCUGCACCUCUUAUGAAUUGGUCCUCAGCGAUGGCAGCGUAAUCAAAGCCACAAAACAGUCCAACCCAGACAUAUUCUACUCGAUUCCAUGGUCUUACGGGACGAUCGGAAUACUCACCGCGGUGGAAAUACAAAUAGUCCCGGCGAAACCCUACGUCAAACUCGUCUACAAAGCUGUCAAAGGGCUGAAAAACAUCGUGAAAGAAUUCCAGGCUGUUAGCAAAGACACCGAACGGAAUGAGUUUGUUGAAGGGUUGAUGUACUCAAAGGAUGAAGCUAUUAUCAUGACGGGAAAUCUUACAGAUAGACCGGAUCCAAAUAAUGUAAAUCCUAUCGGUAAAUGGUAUAAACCUUGGUUCUUCAUUCACGCAAGGAACAUGCUUGGAUUACACCAACCCGUCACUGAAUACAUCCCUCUAAGAGAUUACUACCAUCGGCACACAAAGUCUAUUUUCUGGGAGUUGCAAGAUAUUAUACCUUUUGGUAAUAAUGUAAUCUUUCGAUAUCUAUUUGGAUGGCUGGUUCCCCCGAAGAUCUCUUUAUUGAAGCUGACGCAGACUGCGGCUGUGAAGAAGUUGUAUGAGAAUAAUCAUGUUAUUCAGGAUAUGUUGGUGCCGAUUUCUGCUAUGGAGGAAAGUGUGAAGGCUUUUCAUGAGGAAUUCAAGGUGUAUCCACUGUGGUUGUGCCCGUUUGUGCUACCGAACGACGCCGGCAUGGUCCAUCCGCGCACGCAAACCUCCGAGAUGUAUAUUGACAUCGGCGUUUAUGGGGUGCCCACCGCCGCAGGCUUCCGGCCCAAAGCCUCCACGCGCGUUAUUGAGAAACUCGUCACACGUUUGAAAGGUUUUCAGAUGUUGUACGCUGACACGUACACAACUCGCGAGGAAUUCCGUGAAAUGUUUGAUCACAGCCUUUACGAUAAAGUACGUAAAGAAUUACGAUGUCUGGAUGCAUUUCCCGAGGUUUAUGAUAAAGUAAGUCGUCAGGCGCGUGAUUAAAACCAUCAUAACCUCAAUUAUACACUAAUAAACUGAAUAAAAAUAUAACAUAACCUAAAAA